AUGGAGACAAUCAAUUAUUAUCCAUCCGAUACCACAAUUGGUAGUCUUCUAUUUAGUAAUUAUAUAUCUGAAGAAAUUCGUUGUUUAAGGGUAAAAGAAUUAACAUCAUCACAUGCAAUUGAUCGUCUUGGUGUACUAAUAUCUGAUAGUCCAUAUGAUUUAGCAUUAGGACCCUUUGAUAAAAAAAAUGAUCGUUGUUUUACUUCUAUUCGACAACAGUUUAUUAAAGAUUUUGAAGCACGAGCAUUUAAAACAAAAAAAAAAUUUUGUCCGAAUUGUAAUACACCUGUACGUGCACUUCGUGCAGAUUCACAUACAAAACCUUUUUAUUCUCAAGGAGUUUCAAAUAAACACAUAAAAGUCUAUCAAGAACGCAUGUCUAAUGUUCGGUAA